GGUUUAGUCCAUGGUAGAAGGCCAGCGCAAUGGCCCGCCUCCUGCUUCUGUGUGUCCUCCCUUGGCCUUUGUUCGGCCAGCCGGACGCCAGAGAAGAGGCAUGCAGCAGCUCCAAGGCUCAGGAGUUCUGGGCUGAGAUGCGGCGCCAAGGCCUACAGCUCAACAUCCAGCGAAAGAUGGUGGGCGGCAAUCGCACCGCCAUGGUGCUGCGCGAUGACGUGUUUUACGGCCGCGCCAUCAUGAAGAUUCCGCGCCAGGCCUUGCUGACCCUGGAGACUGGCCGAAGCCCGAAGUUGAAGGAAGAGCUGACACGCUUGUUGUUCGAAGACAAGAAGCUGCAGAAGGAGUUCAACAUAACAAGCGAGGAUCACAUCCACCUGCUCAGUCUUGCAUACACGCUAAUAGCCGAAAGGCGUAAUCCUGAAUCUGUGUUUGUGGAUUGGCUGAACGCAACUCGCAACGAGCAAGUCUUCGCCUUGCAGCUGACGCAUCGCCAGCAGAAGGUAUUGGUGGGCACCAGUGUAGAGGAGGCAGUGGAGGAAAUGGCGAGCCGGAGGGAUUUGAUCCAGCAGGCAGCCUCGAACCUGACCUUCUUCAAGAAGAAACCCGUUUCCCUGGAUGAAGCAUCAUGGGCCCUAGCAGUGAUAAUGCGCCACGGGCGCGUAGUGCACCCAUACCAAGACCAGCGAGAUGUGCGAGACCCACGUAUGUACAUAUUUCCUUUGCGCGAGCUUCUGGAGGUAGCAAUGCAUGCCAACCCCGGGGUGGCGAUCGGAUUCCAAGAGGAGAUCAUCAUCGAGGGCAAGCGAGAGGAGGAUGUCGUGCUGCAAAUCGCGCGAAGGGACAUGCCCAAGGGUGAGGAGAUCUUUGUGUGGCCGGGACGGCUGUCCAGCAGCGAGAUGAUUGCCAGGCAUGGCUUCAGCCUCACUGAGAACCCCAUUGGCAUUGGACGUAACGUCACUCAGCCGCCCAGCUGGACCGACAGCAAGAACUCGAAGAGCCGCAAGGAGUACGAUCUAUACAACUGCUCGACGUUGGAGUCAUUCGAGCUGCGGUUCAAUCGUGAAGGCUAUCCCAUGCGGUCAUUUGUGCGAUGCUACCGUAUCUCCUGGUUCAUUGGCAAUGGCUGGUAUUCACCAGCGCUGAAGAAUCGCAUGCGCGAUCUCAACAAAUGGCCGCCGCCGGAAAAAUAUACGAAGUCGGACUGGCUGGCAUGGACGCAAGCUGAUGCCGAAGUGAACCGUGCCAUCAUGGACUACUGUCAGUACAUGCGACAGCGCUUGAAGGACGUUUGCUGGCAAGAAGCGGGACAAAGGCAACAAAACGUCUACUCUGCUCAAGGGAGAGCAAUGUCCAGCAGCCGCUGUUGUCUCCUCCUCCCCCAACAAUGCAGCUUGAACUUCAGGAGACUAUGGACGCCAACACCGCGGAUGACUUCCGGCACUCAAAAGAUCCUGUUGACAAGGUUUUGUGGCAGAUGCGCUCUGAAGAGUCUCGCACGUUCAAGAACUGCAUUGCCUUGGCAAAGAAGGUCAGGAUGUAGUGGGCAAUCAAGCCGGCUGGAAUCCUGCCUUGGCUCUUCCGGCCCCUGUUGCAUGAAGCAGUUGCAUGGAGCGAAAGCUGAAUUCAUGGUGAUGGACCCCAUAUGCGAAGAAACUGCUGGGCACUAUGCCUAGCGCACGAGUUGGAAUGUCAG